UUUAUAUAUAGAUAUAGAUGAUCAAAAUUCAUAUCCAUGCAAGAAAUAAACACAAAAAUGCGGUGUCUUUCUUAAUUAGGAUCCAAAUCCAUGCGUAUAGGCAAGCAAUUUUUUUAUCGAUUAGAGUUAGUUAUUUAUUUAAUUUUUUGACAAACGAUUAGAGUUAGUUAUUAAGGACUUGUUAUUAUACUCAUCAUUGAGUGGGAUAGAAGGGGCAAUAGUGAUAAUUCACUCGCAUCACUUCGUUUCUCUCCCGCCAAAUCCCUAACCGUUUUUCUCCAACAUGGAAAACACCUUCUUCUUCUUCCUCAUGCUGAGUCUCGGUAUCUCCGCCGUUACAGUAGCGGUGGCGCCGCCACCACCUUCCUCUCGAGAAGGUUGCACCGAUCAGCUACUUCUAUUCUCUCCCUGUCUUUCUUACGUUUCGUCUCCUCCAAACAACCUCACGGAGACUGCUUCCACCAAAUGCUGCGACGCUUUCUGGUCGACGUUCGUGCCGAACUCUCUCUGUUUCUGUUAUCUCCUCCGUGAUAAUCACAUUCUCGGCUUCCCUCUCAACUCCACAAGGCUUCAAUCGCUCUCCUCGCUAUGUGUCUCACCUCCACCAACUACUUCUUCUUUCAAUGUUCUUUGCGCAGAAUCACGGACUCUUCCUCCUCUCGGCAGCGCAGAUAUUCUUGGUGUUCCCGUCACUCCUUCAGGAACAGGGUCAGCAGUAUCCAGUAGUGCAGCAGGGAAAAUGAUACCCCGCGGCAAGGGAGCAGGGACAACACCAUCGUUGAAUGGUUCGACUUCAUCAACAAUCACUGGUGGUGGAUACUACAAGCAUUUGCUACUCACAAUCCUUUUUGUCACGCUUCCACUCCUCAACCUCAACACUCUCUACUAUUAAUGCUCAGUAUCUUGUGUUUUACUACUUUAACUCAUUGCUAAAAUGUCUUGUUUGUGACUAGUUUUCAUUACCAUCAACAUCUUGUAUAUUCAUAGAAAUUCAUAGAAUAUAUGGUUGAAGAACUACGAGUUCCUGUUACACCUCACAUUGUUUUUAUUUUAUGCUGCAUGGAAAAAGUUGUAUGUACCA